AUGGCAUCUACCGCUCGUCCGGCUCUGCUGCGGCAGACCGCCGCUGCCUCACGAUCCAUGGCACCUUCGACCCGGGCUGGCCCGUCGAUGCUCUCCAAGUCCUUGAUGAGGCCAAGCACCCAGUCCUCGCCGAAGCUCAGCAUCGUCCAGGCCACAGCCUUCCAUGCGAGCAGCCGCAGAAAUCUGCUGCCUCCUGGGCCCCAGAUCAUCCGCGGCAGCGUCAACGAGCCCGCGCCUGUCCCUGAUCCAUCUCCAUCUCACGGCCACUACCACUGGACCUUUGAGCGUGGCAUGGCCGCCGCCCUAGUGCCGCUCUCAAUCGCACCCUUCGCCGCCGGCUCGUUAAAUCCCACCUUGGAUGCCCUCCUCGCAACCACCCUGCUGGUCCACUCGCACAUGGGUGUCCAGGCCAUCAUCAUCGACUACGUUCCCAAGAAGAGAUACGCCAACUUGCGCAGAGCUAGCCACUGGCUUCUGAACGCGGCAACCAUCCUGGCCGGCAUAGGACUGUACGAAUUCGAGACGACAGACGUUGGCUUGGUCGAGGCCACCAAGAGGCUUUGGCGAGCAUGA